AUGGUUCACAAAACAGGUCUAUGGGGAGCUGCUCUCUCCAAACUUCGAAAGACGCAGCCACCUGCCCAAACUGCACGUGAGCCAGAGAUUCCCCAGGAGCCCCAGAAUAAGCUUGUCUAUCCUCGUUUCAAGCGCCCUCUGUCGCACGACUCCCCCAUUUAUUCUGAAUUCAUGUUCCCACCAACUCCCCUCCCAACUGUCCCCAUGGCGUCCGAUUCCAAUCUUGAUCCUCUAGCAAUGGCUUCCACCAUUUCUCUAGCCCGCCUGAGUGCUCUGAAAUCGGGAAAGGACUUGGAUCUGUUUUUCCAACGCGGUAAGGACUGUAUUGAUGCUUAUGCUCAGGCCACCAAGGCCAUGAUGGAAGAUGCUUGUGCUCGCGUCAAAGAUGGAGAGGAUUUUCCACACGAGGAGAUUGAACAGAUGAAGCAACGCUUCUUCAAAUACUGCCAGUCAAUUGUGGAGGAAGCAUUGUCCCUGAUCUCACGCGGUGCCACCCACCCCCGGCAGGUCGAAGUCUCGAGCAACUCGACCAUGCCUUCGAUCGUCUCCUCAACUUCAACCACGACUGGGUCGGAGCCAAAGACGCCCUUGGAAUUUGGCUCGUUUGCUGACAGAUCAGAAUUCUCUGAGGCAUUGCUCGCAUCUAGCGGCCAGCGCCGCCUUCGUCUCUACACUGUGAGCAGCGACGACUGGGUCAUGGUUCCAUUGAUGCCCUCGCCCACAUCUCCAGCCAAGGUCGUGGCCCCCGAGCACAUGGAUCCUGUCGAGGAAUCGAUUCAUCUCGGUGUCAUCGUGCGCAUCUUCGGCAAGUUGUACACGAUGUCGAAGAUGAUGGAGAUUGUCAUCUUGUAUUAUGGUGCUGAGCCCGACCGCUCCGAGACCGGCCUGCCAUACUGGAUCAAACGCAGCGAGCAAAUCGUACGCACCCAGAAGAUGCCUGUGCUAAUUGACACUGUCGAAAACCUCUAUUAUGCCCUCUAUGCCCGCAUUACGAUUGAGCUGGCCAGCAUUGAGCUCUGCGGUUCCUACCGAAUCGACACUAGUGCAUUGCGAAUCGAGCUUCCAUUCCUUAUGCCGGAGGCUGAUCAUCUCUACCGCAUCGUUCUAGCGUUCAAGGAAGUACUGGACUCUCCGGAGAUUUGCGCAAUCCUUCGGAAAGACGUCAUCACCUGCUUUCAGCAAGGAUACAUCAAUCAGGUUACAAAAAAGCGAAGCCAGGACGAGUUCCCCUUCUUUGACCCCCUCGGAUAUCGCCCGUUUGCGAUGAGAACUGUCUCUUACCGACACGGAUCCUACUGCGAGAAAUGGAGAAGGCUCAUUCCAUUCUUCAACUCCAUCCCAGCGGAGACUAUGGCAACGAUGUCGGAGAAGUAUCUCACCAUGACUCCAGUGACUAUUCCGCCUAACGACAUUCCAUCCGAGAACCUUCCAUGGAUCUACCCAGAGCAAGUGGGCAUGGCUGUCUGGGACACGGAGAUUGUGAAGGACUACCGCUUGUCCGAUAUUGCCAAAAAGAUGGGCACAACCAUCGGAGAAGAGCGCAAGAAGGAGUCCAUCCCCAGUCUUUACCACCUUGUCAGGCAAAAAAAAUGCAUUUGCAACUCUAUCUGUGGAUGUUCCUUGGAGUGUACCUUGGAGGUGCAGCGCGCCUGCCCUUGUGCCGAACGACAUGUACGCAUCAUGGCGACCAAGCGUGGUCUUGCAUACAGACGGAAUGGACCUUCUUUCGCCGCUACUGCUUCUACCACUGCUCGCAUGUUCUUCGAUGGCUUGGCUGAACUCAAACGUGAUGUUAAGGCUGCUGAUAUCGCCAAUGAAUUGAACCAUGCUUUCGAAUUGUUCUCUCUGUUAAUCGCCACGGAACGCGAGAUGGCUCCCAGGGAAAACACCCAGGCAAGCUUCUAA